UCUCCACCUCGUAUUCAAGUUUCCACGUCUGCAGUUGAGGCGUACACCGGGCGAAUUCGAUUGCUCUGUUAACACAGUAAUGCUUGAGCACGGUCCGGAUUGGGCCUAGCCAGGCACCGAAGUUCAAGCUACAGUACGCCUGCACCCCUGACCAACGCUUGUCAAAUGUCAACCCUCCAUCGCGCAGCGAAUGCCAGCUUUGCAUUCCCAACUCAAAGCCCAAUGGAGCUGCCAGCCACAGAGGGCCAAGACGGCCAGCUGGAAGCAUCGCCACGUUUCACAUUUCAUGUUUCUGGCCUCUUACUCUACGACGAUAUCUUAGUCAUUAGGUAUACAUCUGCCGGCAUAUUUAUUUAUCUGGUCAAACUUCCUUGCCUCUCGGUUGCAGCUCGCUUCAUGGUCCUUGAUUUCUUGACAUCGAAGUGUCAGCUGUCAGCUUCCACCACCCGAAGUCCACCACCAACCAAUAACCAAACCCAGCAUGGUAUCACUUCUGCGCCAAGCAGUGUGGCGGUCGCCCGCAGGGACGAAGGCAAACAAUACCCGUCCGGCUUCAUCAGAUCAGGAUGAACCGGCAGCGGCAGAGACACCCGGACUGCUUCCCGCUCGGCCCAAACCUACCCUCGCCACCCUGCCGCCCGAGAUCCACCUCCUCAUCGCCGAAUAUCUCACCUAUCCCGAUGCGCUGUCGCUCAAACACACCAACCGCCACUUCUACCACCUUGUCAACACGGGCGUCAAGCUCAAGGUGGAUUGGCUCAUGGAACGGCGGUUGCUGCACCUCGAAUGUCCGAGUGACUCGCGCUGCGAUCUGGGGAGCGACGUGCGGUUUUGCAGGGGGAGCGUAAAACUCCUCAUGCAACGAAGGAGGGAGCACAUCGAGUGCGAGUCGCGGCCGGGACUGGGUUGCCUCAUCUACGGCACCAGGACGUGUCCGCACGCCAGGAAGCUCAAGACGCGCGUCAAGAGGUGGCUGCGCGUCUUCCUCGGCUACGAUGUUGUUGCCGGCUCGAGCUCGGUGCGGUGGGUGCUAUUAUUACUUGUAGUGCCGCUGCUUCUUAGCUGGGUGUGGUUGGCAGCGCUGAUGUUCUUGCGGGCGUGAUACAGACAGCAACUAUUUGCGCUUGUGUGUAAGAUAUGCUGUUGUGCUCGAGCUGCCAGUGCUUGAGCGCAACAUGAUUGUGGGAGACGAUGGGAGUUUGGGCUUCGGCGGUGCGUUUGGUUUUUUCAUCCUGGUUUGGAUCAUUGGAUGCCAUGUUUCGGACACGCUACUAUUUCCUGACAGAGGGCGGAGUAAAGCUUGCUGAGCAAGCGCUAUCAGCACUCGUAUAUCGUAAUGCUUAAUGCUUAAAUCCCAGCAGUCUGCCCUGGGAAGAUGCAGAAUGCUCUGCUACGUUUAGAGCCUUGAUAAUAGCGAAAGAAUGAUGCCGGCGACUC